CUUUGUAUGAAACCGAGUGAGUGUUUACAUCAGCACAAUGAACAAAACAAGUUUCUUUAUCAUAAAACCUAGUUAUUUACAACAACCCCCUCUGUUUUCUAGUUGUUAAAUCUCUCUAACAUUCUCUUGUUGUUGCAAAAUGGCCAAGAACAGAGAAACCUCUGAAAAAAAUCUAAGCCUAUUUUCACUGCAAAAUCACAACCUUGUCUGUGUAAAAUUUGCCGCAUCGUUUUUCUUUCUAGCUCUUGCUUUUCGUCUUCUCUUCUGGGAUUCAUUCAGUUUAUCCUCAUUUGUACAGUUUCAAAAACCACAACCUCAAACAGUGUCCCCUGUUGUUUCAUCUCCUCUUAAGGCACCAGAACCAUCUGAUGCAUUUCAUCUCAACAAUCAGAAUCAAACCUCUCUCAAUGGUUCGGGAAAAUGUAAUCUGUUUGUGGGAGAUUGGGUUUCUGAUCUAGCUGAACCAAUGUACACAAAUGAGAGCUGUCGUGUGAUUGAGCCUCAUCAGAAUUGUAUGAGAAAUGGAAAACCUGAUUUAGGGUAUCUUUAUUGGAGAUGGAACCCGAAAGAGUGUGAAUUGCCGAAGUUUAACGCAAACAAGUUUCUUAAUCGAAUGAGGAAUAAAGCAAUGGCUUUUAUUGGUGAUUCUAUCUCACGCAACCAUGUUCAGUCCCUACUUUGUAUUCUUUCACAGGUGGAACAAGCUGUUGAGGUUUACCAUGACAAAGAAUAUAGAUCAAAGAUAUGGAAAUUUCCAUCUCAUAACUUCACACUAUCAGUAAUAUGGACACCUUUUCUUGUCAAAGCAGCUAUUUAUGAAGACAUGAAUGGAGUUUCAUCUUCAAUGGUUCAGCUUUAUCUUGAUACUCUUGACAGCCAAUGGACUGAACAAUUCAACACUUUUGAUUAUGUUGUAAUUGGUGGUGGAAAAUGGUUUCUCAAAUCUGCAGUAUAUCAUGAAAACAACACGGUGGCCGGUUGUCAUUACUGCCCCGGAAAGAAUUUGACCGAUCUAGGAUUCGACUACGCAUAUCGAAAAGCGCUUCGACUUGUUUUCAACUUCUUCACCAAAGAUUCUAGCCAUAAUGCAACUGUUUUGUUUAGAACUACAACACCAGAUCACUUUGAGAACGGUGAAUGGUUUAGUGGAGGGUAUUGUAAUAGAACUGUGCCUUUUAAAGCGGGUGAUAUUAGUAUGGUAGAUGUAGAUUCUAUAAUGAGAGGUGUUGAAGGUGAAGAGUUUGAGAAGGCUAUUACAUCAGUUGGAUCUGAGAAUGGUGUGAAAUUGAAACUUUUGGACACAACUUUUCUUUCUUUGUUGAGACCAGAUGGACAUCCAGGACCUUAUCGACAGUUUCAGCCAUUUGCGAAAGAUAAGAAUGGUAAAGUUCAGAAUGAUUGUUUACAUUGGUGUUUACCAGGACCAAUUGACUCGUGGAAUGAUAUAGUGAUGGAAAUGCUAGUAAAUGGUUGAUAAUGUUGCCUAAUCAAUCACCUAGGUUUGAAAUUUGAAGCUGGUUACAACAAUGAUCAUUUGAAAUUCAGGAUCCAUUGUGUACAUGAAACUGUAUAGGAUAAUCAAAAUAUGCAGAAGACAAGUGACACCUAAUCAGUUUGGUGCAGAAUUUGUAAACCUUGGCAGUCAUGAAAAAACUCAGUUCAUGUCAUUUUCACCAUAAUUUUUGUAAUGAAUAUAUGCCUAUUUUAUUUUA